CAGCGGUAGAUGAUAGAAGACAAUUUGCAUAACAUGGUCGUUGGAUAACAUGUGUAUAAUUUGACAGAUUGUCCCAUUUUGACAGUUCAACUUAGUUAGUUUUAUCUAAGUGCCUCUUAGGUCACGACAAGCCUUGUCGUGGAUGCAGAGCUUUUGAAAAAAACCUAUUCUAAGAUAUAAAUUACCAGUAAGUAUCAGUUUUUCUAUGUUUUUAUUAAGAGUUAAUAGUUAAAACGUUCCGCUGCAUAUAAUAUUGUCAAUAUUUUCUUCGCAGGGAUGUCGAGAUUUUUUUUCUACCAGCACGCGGCUGCUGCGGAGGAAAAAGAAAGAAGAAAGAUUCAGCGCCGAACUCUAAGGGAUGCCGCAAACCCCUUCGAUAUGCCGGAUGAAGAGUUCCGGCAUAUAUAUAGAUUUCGGAAGGAGGUGGUUUUUUACUUAUGUGGAGAACUGAACGUGGACCUUCAGCCUCACAAUGGUGAUGGAUUGCCAACUCACUUUAAGGUUCUAACAGCGUUACAUCUGCUGGCUGAUGGAAAUUACCAACGUGGGACUGGUCAGGACCAUGGUUUAUGCAUUGGUCAAACAACCGUAAGCCGGUAUCUCGAUCAAUUUGUAGACGCUGUCAACAGAAGACUUAAAGACCAAUGGAUAAUAUUUCCUGGAAAUGAACGGUCCCGGCGAUCAGUUGCCACAGGAUUUGAGGAGGCAUACCGUCUGCCAAAUAUCUUGGGUGCAGUAGACUGCACCCAAGUGAAGAUAUUUCCUCCACCUCUGCCUCAUGGAGUGCAGUAUCUAAACCGCAAAGGUGUUCAUGCUCUUAAUGUACAGCUAGUUGCAGAUGUCAACUGCAAAAUCUUGGCAGUGAACGCAAGGUUUCCCGGCCGAGUGCAUGACUCGUUCAUAUUUAACAAUUCUUCCAUUAAGGAUGAAUUAAGAAGAUUGUACAACGGCCACAUUGGGGAUUAUUUCCUUUUGGGUGACUCGGGGUAUGCUCUCGAGCCAUGGCUCAUGACGCCAGUGUUGAAUCCUGCCCAGGGAAGCCCAGAAGCAAGAGAUCUUCCCGUGGAAAUCGUAGAAGAAAUUGAAGAAGGGGCUCCUCAAGAACUUCCUCAUCGUCAUGCCCAAAACGGACUCUUAUUAAGAGUGGCGCAGGAAAAGCGUGCGCGGCUAAUAAAUACAUAUUUUGCUUAUUACUAUGUUUUAUUAUGAUACAAAUACCUACCUCAUAU